AUGACCUCGAGAAAAGAAACUAAUAAUAACAAGAUGGGUAAGAAUUCAUCAUCAUCAUCAUCAUCAUCAUCAUCAUCAGCAACAGGCCAUAAUGAUGGUUUCAAAUUCAUAAUAAAUGAAAAGUCAAUCCUCGGUGGACAAUGGCUAAACAUGUACACUACUACAAAACCAGUGGAAUUCGGUAAGGAACAUUUUGAAAGAGCAAUGACUAAUUUGAUUAGAGAACCUAAUAUUAAUUCAACUGCUAUUUUAAGAGCAGAUAUUCUAAGAGAAAUUACAUAUGAUCAAGAGACAACCCCCGGUACUGAUACAAAUGAUGAUGAAUCUGAAUUGAAGAUUCUUGAAUCUAAGAUCCAAAAUUUCGAAAUCACAGAAGAUUUAGGAGCUCGUACCAUUGGUAUUGACGAUAUAACUCCAAGACAUUCAAAUUUCAAAGAAAAUGAUUUAAACCUAAUACUUUAUAAAGAAUUCGUAAGGAGAAUUAUACCAAGAAAUCCAUCAAAAGACGCAUUAAUCAAUCAAACAUGUUUAAUAAUGAAUAGUUCCUCUGAAAAAUUCAAAAAUUCCACUUCAUUAAUCAUUUAUACUCCUCAUGUGGAAGCAGAAGAUGAUUAUCCAUUCUAUAUCCCUCGUGUUAAAUCUGUUGGGAUCCUUUUGCAUGAAAAAAUACUGACUGUACAUUAUUUACCAUUCCAAGAUGAUAUACAAUUAUUACAAGACGAAUCUCAACGUGUAGUUAGAACAGCAUAUAGAUUAUUACAAACAAGUUAUAAGCAUUCAAAAGGUGUGAUGCAAGGUUAUGAAAAAAGAGUCAAUCAUGACCAAGUAGUUGAUAAAGUUAAAUUUCAAGAUAGGUAUAUUCUAUUGAAGAAAAAAUAUUCAAAAUUCUUGGUUGAUAAUUGGGCUGAAUCAACUGAUCCAAAAAAACAUGUCUUCGAAGAUAUAGCUAUUGCCGCCUUCUUAAUUGAAUUAUGGAUACAAUUAUAUCCCGCUUCCAGCAAAAACAAAACCGAAUCCAGUGAUGCUGACGAUGAUGAAUACAGUUUUAAGAAUAAGAUGCAAUUUAGAGAUUUAGGAUGUGGGAAUGGUGUUCUUUGUUACAUUUUAAUCUCUGAAGGUAUUAAAGGUAUUGGUAUCGAUGCUAGACGUCGUAAAUCAUGGUCCAUUUUUCCACAAGAAGUACGGAAUUGUUUGAAAGAACAAGUAAUUAUCCCAUCUGUAUUAUUACGUCCACAUCCGGAAGUUAAAAAGAGAGCUCCUCAUUUGGAACAUAAUGGGAGAAUGUUCCCAGUUAAAGUGUCUCAUGAAUUAAUUGCACCUGCUACAUUAGUUUAUUCUAGUGCUGAUUUAUUGGCAUCUCCACAAGUUAAUGUUGCUGAAUUCCCAUCUAAUACUUUUAUUAUAGGUAAUCAUUCCGAUGAAUUGACGUGUUGGAUUCCGUUAUUAGGUUACCCAUUCAUGGUAAUCCCAUGUUGUUCUCAUAAUUUAUCUGGUCAAAGAGUACGAUUCUAUCCAAGGAAGAAGGUAACUGACAGUAAGAAUAAUAAUAAUAAUAAUAAUAAAAAAGUAAACACAAAUAAUAGCAGUACAUAUGCUGGAUUAGUAGAUCAUGUGGAAUAUAUUGCAUCUCGUGUUGGUUGGGAUAUUUCUAAGGAAAUGUUAAGAAUUCCAAGUACAAGAAAUGCAGCUGUCAUUGGUAGUGUUAAUCCUAAUUUGGGCAACUUCCCAACACAAGCUGUAUAUGAAUCUAUAAUAGAAGAUAGUGGACAUGAUUCAUGGGUAGAAAAUACAAUGGCUUUGUUGAAAAGAAGUCCAAGAAAUCAUUAA